GCUGGAUCUCUUCUGAGGAGGAGAUGUCUGAAAACCUGCACUUCAGCAUCUGUCUGAAGUCAGCUCAUGGUGUGUCCCAUAUAGCCAUUAACAGCAGCUACACCCCUCUGCAAUACACGGCUCCAGAUCAGACAUCUGCUGAGGUGUCCUUGAAAUUGCCACCCUGGAUGCAGGAUGAUCUGAACUUGCUGGUGUAUUACAGAGGGUCUCACACUCUCAGUGCUGGGGUGGAGAGGAGAGAUCCCAAAGCCCCACCUGGCUCUCUGCUGGGAGACCCUGUGGUGAUGGUGACACUGAUGCCCAGCAUUCCUGAGGUGGUGCCCAAUCCAGGCCAUCUUGGGGAAUUCCUCUUUCUCAUGAACUGCAGCCUCUUCCAGGAUGCACAGAACACACUGCUCUUCCUCCUCAAGAGUUUGCCUCUGGGCUGUUACUUCAACAUCUACAGUUUUUGGGCCACUUUCAAAGCCUUCUGUCUGCAGAGUGUGGAAUACACGCAGGAAAGCACGGACAAUGCAGUGGGGCGCAUCUCCUCCAUCUGCCCUGAUCUGGGGGGCUGUGACCUGUUGGGCCUCCUGAGGUCUAUCUAA